AUGAACAGUCUAGAAAGCCUGCUCCGAACAGUCCAACAGUUGAAACUCAAGAGGCUGCGCGUCGACGAGCUAGAAGAGACUCAGUUCAUCGCCGCCGGAGAAACCUUUGCUGUUUCCCAGUGUAGAUAUCAAGGCUCGGUGAUCGCUGUCAAGCGUAUUCGACUUAAUGAAUAUGGCGAACAAUCGGAUCGUCAGCACUUUCAGCGACGGCUGCAGUCGGUCUUGCGCGAAGUUUUGAUUAUGUGUCACCCGCCACUUGCGCACCAUCCCAAUAUCAUCAGUUUAUUGGGAUAUGGAUGGACCGUGGAAGAACAGAGGCCUUCUCCUUUUGUUUCGGUUGAGUUUGCCUCGAAUGGAUCACUUAGGGAAUACAUGAAGUUGAAUCAGACAAUCCGGACGAAAUUCAUUCUCAUGGGCGAUGUUGGAGCAGGCUUGAUGGCACUACAUAAAUGUGGCAUUGUGCAUGGUGACUUGAAGAUGGAAAAUGUGGUCGUCUUUGCAUCAUUGGAGCGCCCGUCGGGGUCAAUUGCUAAGAUUUCAGAUUUCGGUCAUUCGAUCCUGGCGAGCUCUACACCAGAGAAGAGAACUCGGUAUUUUGGAACGGCCUUAUACAAUGCGCCUGAGGUAGCUCAUCAGAGAAACCAGCCAAUUCCGGCGGAUCAACUUCACAAAUGCGACAUCUGGGCAUUCGGCCUAUGUGCAUGGGAGAUUCUGGCAGACGGACAGGUGUACUUCCAACGCAGCUGGCAAAACAACGUGCUUUACGACCGACCUCCUUCCUAUCCAGACUCCUGGGCCAUGGUGACAUCGCCAUUAACCUCGGAGACCCAUAAUGUCUCCACUGGUGAAGACGGUCACUAUGUCUUUGGCCGCUUCGAUCCCUCACACCUCGAGCAUCUUGCCGUUGAAUUUGUGAACGAGCUGAAAAUACCGGGAGUGGGGUUUGAAAAGGGGAUGCUUAGACCUUUGUUGUCUCGCACUCUACAGACUGAUCCUAACAAGAGGAUAUCGGAUCUAAGUCGACUUCCCAUCAUUGGCUUCUGGAAUAAAGCACCCGGCGGACAUUCCCUCCAGUCAAAGCUCGCAACAUACACGUUGUCGAGCGAGGUCCGAUAUUCAAUUUUCAGUCGGGACACUGGACCGUAUAUUAUCUGGGAACAGCAGCAACAGCUUUUGCAAGACUUCGAAGCGGUAGCUCAACGUGCUCAGCCCCAGAAGGAAAAUGGGACUGGUGCUUUCCAGACCAUGUUGUGUUAUGUCAAUGCUUUCGGCACAUCCGGAAACUUGACUAAAGCUGCUGAGUUCCUUCACAAGGCCGAAGAGGCAGGACACUUGAUUGCUCGCAUUCUGGGCCCUCGAAUGAUUGAUGUCUUUAUGCAGAAGUUGUCUGAUUUUCGAAAGGAGUAUAGCGAAAGUCUGGCGCUGGGCUUUGAAAUCAUUCGACAACCUCAAAGCUCCAAGGAGAUCACCGUUGAACGCGAUCAUUCAAUUACGAAAUUUGCCAGUUACGAUUCUUUUCGACAAUUUAUUCUCGACGAGGCACUUGGAAAAGAUGAUAUUGCGCUUAUGCGCGUCGCUCCAAAUGCUUCUUCUGUGCGCCUCCAUCCGCUGGAAGUUGCUGUUCAGCAUGGUGAUAUUGAGCUCGUGGGGGCUCUCAUGCCCUGCCUUGAGGACUACAUUGCUUCAAACGCCGAAGGGGAAAUGCUUCUUGUACAGGCUGCUUCUCGAGGUCACGGUGCUGUCGUCAGCCGCCUGUUAAAAGCAGGAGCUCCCAUCAUCCGAGAGAACUCGACUACCCUUUUACACUGGCUUUUUUGCUUGGAUGCCUCGACUUUGAAUGAGGUCUACUCGUAUCUACAGGAAUGGCCUCGAAGCUCCACCCUCAAACCUUUAUUGAACCAAGCAAGCACCGAGAAAAUCAUCCUUCACCCACAAUGGCCAUUUCAGGUACAUGGCUCACCCCUCGCUACUGCAAUAACUUCCGGGAAUCUCGCUGCUGUCAAGAUACUUCUGGACUUAAAGGCCGAUCCUUUGGCCCUUGCCUUCGCUACCGUUGAAGGCGACACUCUCGCCUUGUCACCUAUUCACUUGGCAAUACGCUACCACUUUCCCGAGAUUCUUCAGCUACUCUGGCAGAAAGCUUUUGGCGAGAGAGUGAUUAGUGGAGCGAGACCCCAUCUAGCUCAGUCUCUGGGUUCAUUCCCAAUCGCUUGUGCCCUGAGCCUUCUCACCAACGCCGAGCGCUUUGCAAUCCACGGCAGCGCCUACAAGCAAGCUCUCCGGAAUACAAUCAAGCUCCUUCCUAUGGACAUCCUGCUCCAGUCAUCCCCCGAAGGCAAAAAUGCACUUACGCAGGCAAUUGAUCUUGAGGAUGCCGACACUGUGGAACUCCUCCUUGAGCGGUUUCCCGAGCUUGCCGACAGGGAGCUUGUACAGCCCUCCAACAAAGGAGUUUUCACUUACCCACUGCAUUUUGCCGUGCAGAUCGGUUCUUGUAGGGACACUGAUGAGUCAGUUCGGAUUCUAGAGACUAUUCUGAACCUAGAUCCUACUGCAAUCGACCGCCAAGACAGCUCUUCGGUCAAACCGAUACACGUCGCAGCAAUGGGAUCUUCCACCCGUAUCACAGAAUUCCUGCUCAAAUGCGGUGCAUCUUGUCACGACCUCGAUGGGCGAGGACAAGGUCCCUUGCACUUCUGUCGUACCGCAUCUAAUGCAAAGAUACUGCUCUCUAGUGGCGCAAAUAUCAACCACAAAGACCAACUGGGCUUCACUGCGGCUCAUGCAGCGGCAACCCAAGGCAGAGAGGAGGUACUCCAGACCUUGAUUAAGGCGGGUGCGGAUCUAUCCUCCAGAGACAACGGAAUUGGGACACCCCUCCACUGUGCCAUCCAGCGGAAAUCACGUAUAAUGACAGAGAUGACUCUCAAAGCUGGAGCUGAGAUUGAUGCUCAAGAUACACAUGGAAGGACACCACUUCUAGUGGCAAUGGAUACAGGACGCUCGGAUCUUGUCUUCUUGAUAUUUGACACUGGCGCAGAUCCUUUCAUCGAAGACGAACGCGACUUUUCGCCCUUCCUCAUGUCUCUUGCCUGGAAAACAUCUCAGAUGCUAUCCCGAUUCCAAAACCACGGUUCCUUUGAGAAACUUCCCUGGGAGAAAAAGGUUGCAGCUUUGCAUUUUGCAGCAGAAAAUGGAGAGCCGGCGGCCUUGCAGCAAUACCUGCGGAAACUUCCCAAGCCAUCUAGCCAGACCGAGAACCCUGAAUAUCCCCGCAUAAUCUCAACUAUCCACAAAGCAGCCGCUGCUUGUAGGGUAGACCUUGUCGACGUAUUACUUUCUGCCGGCUUCAAAGUCGACUCUCUCGCCACCAACGGCAACACCCCACUCCUUACAGCUUGCCUAGCAGGUCGAAACAACUCCGAUUUUUACGCAUAUACGCGUACAUACAUGUGCCAAAGACUACUGGAUAAAGGAGCCAACAUUCUCGCAAAGAACGACAAAGGCUUGACUCCAUUCGCCAUUGCUAUGGAAUAUGUUGAUUACCCACUCAUGACACUGCUCCUCGAACAUGCGCUGGCAACGAACGAUCUCGACGUACCAGCACGACGAUCCCGGAUCCUUGUGUCCAUCAAAGACCCCAGCCAAGAACCUCGCUUCUGCGCAGAAGCAAGAGCGCUCAUCGGAGACGAGGUCAUCGAUCAUCAGCUUAUCCGCAACGCAGUCGCUAAAGAGGAAUGGGACUUCAUCAUCACCUGUAUCGGCGGCCACUUCGUCGGCAAGGAAGAUCUCGAUCCGGAUACUUUCAACGAAGAAUACAAGUGGGGGGCGGAUAUACUGGACGUGCUGCGCUUCUAUUGCGCUAUCAAAGACCGGAAGAAAAUCCGCCAUUUGUACGCCAACGCCAGCACUGGGGGUAGACAGGAUGACAUAAUUCGGAAUUCGGAAUGGUGGAAUAUGGAAUACGAGAUCCGUGAAACGAAGGGAAUCAUCGAUGAACUGUUGUGGCCGGCCACACGAAAGAUGUUUGCUAGGAUGCUCCAGCAAAUUUCUACGGGUCCUCCGCGUAGGGAGCUCAGCAUCUCGAAGUGGAUGCCGUCUAUCGUGCCCAAUUGGACGAAAAAGUCAAGGCCGAAGAAGUCAAAAGCUCUUACUUUUGACGAUGUUGCUCAAUAUGGACUUGAGGAGGCGGAGAUCAGGAUGAGGUGGAGUAUUGAGGAAGUGGAGGUCUUGCUUGAGGUGAUGCAGAAGUGGACUGAGAAAAUGGCCGAGGUCAAGGAUCAAGGAGAAAAAUUGGAAACGAUGGAAUGGGCACGGGCACUGCUCGAGGAGCUGCGGUCUCAUUUGUAUGGGCUAGGAGAGACAAUCGCUAUUCUGACAAAGUACUGCGACAGUCAGUGUGAUAGCACGUUAGAGGCAACGGCGGCAAAAGGGUGGGAUGAUCUAUCUCGACAGGGAAAAACAGGGUCUGCGAAAGUGGAUGAUUUGACCAAAGCACUCGACGCGGCGUUUAAGAGUGUGGACAACCUCGGGACGGCGCUAGACAAGGAAAGAUGA